UGACACGUGACCCGGUGUAGAAGGAAUCAAAACAUGGCGACAGAAUUGUGACGAAGACGAUGUAUAAAUACGUGCUUGACGCAUGCAGUUUAAAAUCAUGAAAGGUUGACAAUUAAUUAUGUGCUAGAAAAGAUUUAGUUUCGUUAUACAUGCUCAUUAAAGAAUGGGAUUGAAAUAUUCGAAGUUUGGGUUUCUGCCAUAUGAAGAAGCUGUGAAAAGAGUGAGAAGUGAUGAGCUUGAUCGCAUCAAACUGGCAUUUAAAAGAUUUUCAGGAAAUUCCAGUUUGAUGCCUAAAAACACAUUUAUCAACGACAUACUUGGAGAUGUUAUUGGAAAAAGACUUGCAGAGCAUCUGUACAUGUCAUGUGGAGGCACAAACAAGGGAAUCGGAUUCAAAGAUGUGCUUUGCACUCUUGUUAUGAUAACAUCAGGCUUUGUUGAGGAAAAAGUAAAAUUUAUAUUUGGAAUGGUAUCAGUUGAUGGCAAUUAUGUAACUAUAGAAGACCUGGAAAAUUUCCUUAAUGUCUGUGAAUGUCAAACACUUCCAAAAUGUUUGCAGCAUCUCAUGGUCAGGGGAGAAAAAUUCACUUAUGAGGACUUUUAUGACUGGAUCCUUCAAAAUGAAAACUUCUGUGAUGUAUCAAAAUGGCUCUUGUCUGAGCAAAGGGGAAAUCGUGGAGUUAAACUGUCCAGUAUUGAUGAUACUCCCUCAUUUUAUCAAUGCUUGGAAAUGAAUACAAAUUUUUGUCAAAAUGAUCUGAUAGAAUUGGAAAAGCGUUAUUGGUCAUUGAAAAAUUUUUCAAUGAAUGGUAGAUUUGACUUGACUACACUUACAAAGCACAUUUCUCCACCACUACCACAAUCUCUUUGUAGUGGUUUCCUUCGGGCAAUGGAUGAAAACAGGGAUGGUCAUGUUGAUUUUAAGGAACUUGUCCUUGGAAUAUUUGCCUGUUGCAGGGGAACAACUUGUGAAAGACUCACAUUUUGCUUCAAAAUGUUUGAUCACGAUGGUGAUGGAAUUUUGUCACAAGAGGAAUUAAAUGAAAUGGUGCAUGGCUUAAUAGAAACGUGUGAGCUGGUGCCAAAUCAGGGUUUGUCAACAGAUCCAAACGACUUACUCAACGCUAUAAUAAAGGACAAGACUUCUCCUCAGAUGACUCUAAACGAUUUUUUUCCUUGGGCGUCGAGCAACAAAUAUCUUCAUGAGUUGUUGCUGCUGUUAUCUCAGAUCUGCCACAUAAUUUUUGGACUAAGACCGAGCACAAGAGAAGAGGAGGGUUUCAUCAUAAGGAGAUGGAUAGAGCGAGAGCAAAGAAAGGGCCUCACGUUGGGUGCCCUGUACUACCUAAUUGCAUCAUCAUGGUGGUGCACAUGGCUUGAUUACGUAAACCAGAAGAGCCGGAGAACGAGUUCAACGACAAUAUCGCCAAGAUCAUCAUCAUCAUCAACAAGUUCAACUCAAAGCACUUGGGUUGACAUUGACACGAAAGGAUACGACUCAGCAGACAGCGGCAGUUCUCGUAUGCCCGUAAAACCUGUUGGGACAGCUUCGAAAAGGUCCACAUCAACCACCACCCAAGUGCAAGUAGAGCCGUCUGGAGAACAACAUGAUUUUAGCAACGGAAAGAUGCUACAUUUAACUUCAAACACUUUUGUUUAUCCGGGUCAAAUCGACAAUGCUAUUCUUCUUCAACCGAACGACCAAUACAAGCAACCUCCAAAUCUAACUGGUGAAGGCGGGAAACUUAAGCCCCAUUUGACUCAAGGUAGAGACUACGAAGUGUUACCAGAACCUGUCUGGCGAGCAAUUUCCGCAUGGUAUGGUGGCAACGUUGCCCUGCCUAGAUCGGUCAUCAUCGUCAACGAUUCAGAACUGAGCUUGACAGUGGAGCUGUACCCCAUUCAGCUCCAUUUAUAUCGACACGUCACUCCUCCAAAACACACUCCUCUAUCAUUCCAUUCACUAGGACUGUCAAAUUUUUCUUUUCAUUCACAAUCGCAAAGCCAAGCACAACCACCAAUACCAGUACAGCCCAAGAGGUGCCUGAUGUACUAUGGGUCGUUCAGCAGAAAAAACACACUCAAACAGGUUCAAGAUUAUAUUGGCAUGAGGCUUAAAAUCCGGCCAGAUGACCUUCGGCUUUGGGAUUUUACUGACCAUAAUCUACCCGUGUUGCUUGAGGAGGAAUCAAGAACUCUAGAAGAUUAUAAAAUCAAAGAUGGCCACCGUGUACUUAUCGAAAUCAGGAACAGGGACAUGAGUUGGCCAGAAGAGAUGAAUUCGUUAGUAGCAACAAAAAACUUUCGAGAAAGAUCAAACACCGGCCCACUUGUGAAGGGAGCAACUGGAUUGCAUAAUCUUGGAAACACGUGCUUUAUGAACUCGGCGAUUCAGUGCAUUAGUAACACUUACCCAUUGACCAUGUAUUUUCUUGGCAAACUGCAUCUCUUCGAACUAAACCGAACGAAUCCUCUUGGAUUGAAGGGAAUUCUCGCAAAACGAUACGGUGACCUUGUUUACGACUUGUGGAAUGGACUAUAUCGGAGCAUCGCACCAGUCAAGCUAAGGUGGACAAUUGGUAAAUAUGCACCACAAUUCAAUGGAUUCCAACAGCAUGAUGCUCAGGAGUUGCUUUCAUUUUUACUGGAUGGUUUACAUGAAGAUUUAAACCGCGUUCACGACAAACCAUACAUCGAACUCAAAGACAGUGCUGGUAGGCCAGAUAAAGAAGUUGCGCAAGAGGCCUGGGAAAACCACAGAAAAAGGAACCAGUCGAUCAUAGUGGACUUGUUUCAGGGCCAGUUGAAGUCGCAAGUAAGAUGCCUGGCUUGUGGCAACAGCAGUGUUCGAUUCGAUCCGUAUACUUUCCUUUCAUUGCCAAUUCCAAUGGAAAAUUCGCUUCAUCUCGAAAUAACUGUAUUUACCCUGAAUGGAACUUCUCCCGUUCGCUAUGGAUUGCUUUUAUGCAAUGAAGCGACGGUCAAGACUCUGAAACUACGGCUUGGUGAAUUAAGCGGAAUCCCAUGCGACCAGCUUGUCAUUGCUGAAACAUUCGGAGCAGUUAUAACGGCCUUAUUGCCAGAUUCAAAGAAAUUGCGAGAAAAUGUCACUGGAAUAUUGUAUGCUUAUGAAGUGAAAGCCCAGGCUUCGAUUUUAGAGAUACCUUCAAAACUGCCUGUCAGGCAACGAGCAAGUUCACCUGCAAUUUUGGAAACAUCGGCAGAGGCUUUGUCUGCAACUACACAAUUAUCAGAGACAUCUGUGCUAGGAGGAUCGCCAAGUAAUGGAAACGUAUUGCAACUCAAAGCCCAAAGAUCGCCUAAAAACUCAUUAAAAUCCCCAAGAAAAUCAAGGAUUAUGCCUUGGAGGUUCGAAAAGAAGUCCAACGGAAUAACACCAACGCAAAGUGAACAUAAAGAAGCUACUGUUUCGAAUGGGUAUCUCCGACCCAACUUGCAAAGUAGCUCAUCUGAUAAUCUCCUGGACGGGAAUUGCUCGUUUGACUCAAGCGAUCCAUUGGCUCAAAAAAUCGUUAUCGUGAUGCACAGAAAAAUGGUGCAAAUGGAUGCAUAUUUUUUGUCUUGGCAAAAGUUUCGUCCUACCUUAUUCGGGGUUCCUUUGUUGAUAAGCUGUAGCAAGACCACCAAACGAAGAGACAUUUAUGAGGACGUUUGGCGGGAGAUCAAAAGGUUCGUCUCAACACAAGCUUCAGAGAGGAGAAACAAUUCUGAAAAUAAAAGAUACCCAUUCGAACUCAAGUUUGUUCAGCGAGAUGGACAGUUCUGUUCCUUUUGUCCAUGGUAUAAAUUUUGUCGAGGCUGUAAGCUGUUGUGCGACGGAGAACCUCUCGGUGACGUAGCAGGACAAUUAGCAAUUGACUGGGACCCGACAACCUUGCAUUUGAAUUACCAGCAAGGACAGGAACGAGCGUUUAUCCAACACCCCAGUCUGGAAGAAAGCAUGCGAUUACUGAGAGAGCCGAUCAAUAUCGAUCAGUGUUUGAGAGAUUUCACGAAAGAAGAGGAACUGGGUGACGAUGAAACAUGGUAUUGCCCUGAAUGCAAGAAACAUCAAAAAAUAGCCAAGAAGUUCAGUUUAUGGACUUUGCCUCCAAUUUUGAUAAUUCAUAUUAAAAGAUUUCAACUGCUGAAUAACCGGUGGAUUAAGUCAAAUAAGAUCGUGAAAUUCCCGAUGAAAAAGUUCGAUCCUUCUUCGUACUUGGAAGAACGGGACAGGCGGAAAAGAAAUCCAUCUGAGCGACGGGCGGGCAAAAUUCUUAAUGUCCGGGCGUCCGAUAAAACAGCGGAAAACCCAGUCAAUGGUUCUACUUCAACAUCCGAUAUUGGCAAAGCACAAAAUCAAUUCACAAUCAGUGAAGACAUACUGGCCCUGGAAAUCGACGAAAUCGAAGACUGUUUGAAUGAAUCUGACGAUGGGGAUACUGAUAACGACUACAACUAUCGAUUAUUCGCCAUUUCUUGUCACUCUGGAAUGCUCAAUGGCGGACACUAUAUCUCGUACGCAAGGAACCCAAACGAUAAAUGGUACAAAUACAACGAUAGCAGCUGCAAGGAAAUAGACCCAAGUGAGCUGGAAAACGAAUCCCCCUAUUUACUUUUCUUUGAAAAAGAGAACAUCCACAUUUCUGAUUACCUCCCUGACAUCAAAGGAUCAGAUUUGGAGGUGUCUUUAGAUGACGACGAUUUUGACUCAGAAGUUAAAAAAUAUUGCGUCAUUCAAUGAGAAUUUGCUUUUAACUGUCGACAUGUUAGAUGCAUAUGAAGACAAAUAAUAGUAGCCAAUGAAUAUAUAUAUUAUUUUUAAAGCUCGCUUAGUCGCCUUAUAUUUGGUUGCAUUGAGCUUGACACAGUUUUGAAAUCAGAUUGUUGUUGGAGUUUCUUAUGUACCCCCAAAUUUUUCCCUUAUUUGAAGUUAUUAUAGUAUUGAAAGUUAACCCUAGCGCGGUUUUUUGAAUGGUCAUGGAAGUAAAAGUGUAACCUCACACAAGCAUCAUACUCUGUGUAAUUGCUUUCGUACAGGACGUUUCAGUAGAAACUGUCAUUCCCGCAGGUCGGGUAUAACUCAGACCCUUGGGUAUGAAUGAAAUGUCCAAAUGUCGAGCAAUGAUGGUGCUUCGGUUUGAGAAACUAGGGGUUCGAUUCUCCUUCAAGUUCAGCAAAAAUGUCCGUUUUGCUUGCAACGGUGUCCCGUAUUUACUGUGAAAAUUUUUAAUGCUUGCAUUUUGCCAUACAGUCCCAUUAUAUGAGAAACCUAGGCCGGGAGCAUAGUUAGCAGUAUUUUUACAGGGUGAAAACAUCUUAUCAGUUUAAAAUUACAGUGGAAUUAUUGCCUGGAUAUUUUGAUUGGAAAAUAUUUUGUAUUAGUACUUAAAAGAGAGCACGUAAUUGUUGUACUUUGUUAUGAACGAGUGAGUCAGUAGACAGAUGUAUUUUAUGCUCUUACGAAAGCAGAAGCGAUUGUUUGUCUUAGGCCCAUGGCGGAUGGAUUCAUGGCGGACACAAGUUUCCCGAGAGUAACGUUUUCAAUCAAUAUGAGUCUUGAAAUAGAUAGAGAAUUUAAUUGGUUAAGAGAUAUAUCAAUUCAUCAUUUUGUUACACGAAACUUAGAAGUCAUUUUAUGAAAUGAUUGUUGUACGCGGUGAACUUUAAAAUCUGCAUCGAUACAUGUGCUUUGAAAAAAUUAUUUGCUUUUCUUCAAGUA